AUGUCGCAGCCAGCUGGCUUGUUCAGCGUGCGCCGCCCUCGAGAGACGCUGGGAAACAUUCAAAACUUCUCAGGAAUACCACAACCGGCCUCAGCCAUCAAGCGCGUAUCCUCGAGCAAUGAGUUACGCAAUGCGCCUUACACCGCCUCUCACGUACGGUCGACUUCGAUAAACCAGAGUGUCCAGCGACCUGCACAGCCCGUCUUCCACCGCUCCUCCUCCGGCGGCAACCUGGCAGACAUGGGCAUGUCAACAGUACGAAGGUCGGCGUCGAACAAUGUCUUUGGAAGCGCGCACACAGGGAGACAGAGUCUGGCACCGAACCAACUUUUCGGGUCGCAGACACCCGCUUCGCAAAGCCUACAGCGCAGAAGCAGUAUCUUUUCUCGACCAUCCGCCCAUGGACCUAUCGCCCACCAAUCGUUCUUCUCACAAGCGCCAGCCCCGGCAGGCGCACCGAAAGACCCCCGACCCUUGAGGGACUCGUCGUAUAGGGCGCGACUGAGUCAGGAAUUGCUAGACUACCUGACCCAAAACAACUUUGAGCUGGAAAUGAAGCACUCAUUGACCCAGAACUCUGUCAAAUCGCCGACUCAGAAAGACUUCACAUUAAUGUUUCAAUGGCUUUACCGCCGAAUCGACCCGGGGUACAAGUUCCAAAAAGGUAUUGACACAGAAGUUCCGCCGAUCAUGAAGCAGCUGAGGUACCCCUACGAAAGAGACAUCACGAAGUCACAUCUUGUCGCUGUCGGAGGCCAAAAUUGGCCGCGGUUUCUUGGCCUCCUGCAUUGGAUGAUGCAACUAGCGCAGAUGGUGGACAACUUCACCCGAGGAGCUUACGACGAUGCAUGCGCCGAGGCUGGGGUGGACGUAUCCAGCGACCGUAUUGUGUUCCGGUUCUUAUUUGGCGCGUAUCAGGACUGGCUUCAGAUGGGACCCGAGGACGACGAAGAGAGCGAAGAAGCAGCACUGCAGCCCCACAUCCAGGCCAUGAACGAGGAAUUCGAGCGCGUCAAUUCCCGACACGUCGAAGAGUUGAAGAUGUACGAAGCCGAGCACGAAGCACUAAAGGCGCAGAUCGAAGAAUUCGAGCGAAACGCGCCCGACAUCGCCAAACUCGACAAGCACUUCAAGAUUCUGGAGGACGACAAGAAGAAAUUCGAAGAAUACAACGCCAACGUCCAGGCCAAGAUCGAGAAAUACGACUCGCGUAUCAAGAUCCUAGAAGCCGAGAUCCAACGCACAGAUGCUGACUUGCAGGUCGUGGAACAAGAGCGGCACGGCCUCCAACAAUCAGUAGACCGACAAGGUCUCAAUAUCCAGGACAUCGACCGGAUGAACACCGAGCGGGAGCGCCUGACGAAAAACCACGAAGACGCACUGGCCGCGCUGGACGAGAUCAACAAGCGCGUUCUGGAAAAAGAAGCCGAGACAGCGCGCAAGCUCGAGGACCUGGAAGCCAUCGUCAAGCGGUACAACUCACUGGGGUACCAACUGUCCCUGAUUCCAUCGACAGCAGUCAAUGCCAAAGGCGUCGACUACGAGUUGAGUCUCAACAUCUCCGAAAGCAGCAGCAGUAACAACAACAAAUUCUCGAGCUCGAGGCGGGCAUCGCCCGAGUCGGACCGGCUCCUGGCCGACUUCAACGUCGGCUAUUCGCCCAUCCACCUUUUGAACCUUGACCUCCGCGGCGCCGUGCGCGGCGCAUUCAUCGCCCUGCGCAAGGAGAUCAACGAGCGCCGCAAAGCCGCGGCAGACGCGGACCUGAACGCACGCGACUUCCUCGACAACAUCUCGGAGGCGCUGCACGAGAAGAACACGGAGAUCGACAACCUCAACUACCGCGUCAACGAGGCCAGUCGACUCUACGGGAGUCUCAAGGAGAGCAACAACACCAUCUACACGCAGCAGACGAGUGCGAUCGAGAAGCUGGAGAAGGACCUCGCGCGCAUGCGGGAGGGCUUGGAGAGGGGCGUGGUCGAGCUGGAGCAGCGCGAAAUGGAGGUCCAGGUCGCGUGGGAGUCGAUGCGCGAAGAGGCCGCCCGCGUGCGUGAGGACCUGCAUUCCGGCGUCGAGCGCUGUCUGGAGGAUGUCAUUCGCUUCAAGGUCCACGUCCAGAAAGGUCUGGAGGAGUUUGAGGGCUGGGUUGGGGAGGAGGUCGAAUUGGAACUGCUGGGUGACGAGAUGGAAGACAUGGACUUGGAGGACAAACGCCGUGCAGACGACGACGACGACAACCAGCAGGGGGAUGCUGAGUAG